UGAUCAGCAGAGCCGACAUGGCGAUGUUACAGUGAGAAGUCACUCUCAGUCAUUUUUUAUUAGGCUUUGUUUCCGUGCCGGAAUGGAUCCGUCCGGGAGGAGUGAGAGCGACUGGCAGGGGCUGCUCAACGAGUUCAUAAUCUGUAAGCGGAAGCUGGAGAGCAAGAAAGAAGCCCUUCUGAUUCUGUCGAAGGAGCUGGACACCUGCCAGCAGGAGAGGGAUCAGUACAAACUGAUGGCCAACCAGCUCCGCGAGCGACACCAAGGACUCAAGAAGAAGUACAGAGAACUCAUUGAUGGAGAUCCCUCUCUGCCUCCCGAGAAAAGGAAUCAGGUGAAUUUAGCCCAGCUAUUGACAGACUCCAGAGAACAAAACAGCCAACUUUCUGAGGAGGUGAAGGAGCUGAAACAGCGACUGGUAGAAGCUCAGGGUGAUAACAAGCUUCUGCGAAUGACCAUCACCAAACAGAGGCUGGGGGACGAGGAGGUGGGCGCGCGACACUUUCCUGCACAUGAACGAGAGGAUCUGGUCAGACAGUUAGAAAGAGCUCGAGAACAGAACGAGGUUCUGGAGCACAGCGUGAAGUCGCUAACAGACGAGCUUCAGGACGUUCGAGCAGAGCGGGACGUGUUUCAGCAGAAGGCUCAUCGCCUCAACGUGGAAAUGAACCACAUCCUGGGCAACGACGAGAUCCGCAUUUUAGACAUAGAUGCUCUCUGCAUGGAGAACAGGUAUUUGCAUCAGCAGUUCGGUCAACUUCGAGAAGAAAUCAACAUACUCAAAACAAACCUGGUGAAGUACAAGAGUGCCCUGGAGUGUAGGAAGAACUCUAAAAUCUGUGGGAAAGCCAACAGUAGUGCACUGACCGGAGUGCUGUCUGCUAAACAAGUGAAGGAGUUGUUGCUGUCUGAGGAAAAUGGCUGCAGUUUGCCGGUGACUCCUCAGUCCAUCUCGGACCUCAAGUCUUUGGCCACAGCCCUGCUGGAAACUAUCCACGAGAAGAACAUGGUGAUUCAGCACCAACGCCAGAUCAACAAGAUUCUUGGGAAUCGAGUGGCCGAGCUGGAGAAAAAACUAAAAACAUUAGAAAUGUCUGGAUUAUGGAGGCUGCCAGGCCUGACUUAUAAUGUGUCUGUGGGAACAUGUGGAAAAGGAAAAGACACCAUAAUCCUGAAUCCUCAGCCGGAGGAGUCAGCAGACCCUCCUGGACAGGAAGGUGAUGAAAGGUCAGUAAAAAUGGCCAUCAACCAGCAGAGCCCCACAGAAGUCCCAGACCGAAAAAGUGGACCACCGGCUGUGUCAGGUGGUCGAGAGGAACUUCCAGAGGAGUCCCCAUCACCACCCAGCGAGGAGACGUGUCAGCAGAAACCCUCUUACCAGCCAGCCGAGGAGGAGGAGGAGGAGGAGGAGGCAGAGACGCCAGCUGGUGUACAGUGUCAGGACAGCGGUGGAUCACAGAUCACAGUGGAUUUAACCGCUUUAACGAGUCACCGGUCAAAAGAAGAGGAGCGUCUGAGUGAUUCUCCUCCCACAGUACCAGAUGUGAGCGCACACCAGCUGUCGGACCUCUGCCACUUACAGCAAAGUUUAGAGGACUCCGUAGAGCCAGAAGAUGAAUCUGAUGAAUGCACUGAAGGGUUGGAAACUGCUGAAACGGAGUUAAUUACAACGGAGGAGAACAUCGACUCCGCUAUGUCCUCUGCUGCUGCUGAAAGUUCUGCCAAAGACCGGGACGUCCAGUCAAACCAGGAGACAGAGCUGUCAGUUGAGACAGAUGUUUCUGUUCGUCAGUGAAUCUAAGGAUGGGAAAGAGAAGGAUGGAGGAUGUAUUUAUAAUGCGCUGCUCCUUUAUUCACUCUUACGAUUUAAUGAAAGAGAAGGUGACAUUUAAUAGUCCCCUGUCACAGUAGCAUGAAUGACUCGUAACACACUUAGUGGUAACUGAGCUGUCAGUAACUGAUUAUCUGACUUGUCCAUUUUGUGUCUAGUUUUAAACUGAUAAGUUACAUUACGUGGCCUAAAGUAUGUGUACACCAGAACAUAGUGUCCUUGUGUGAUUGUUGAAUAUUAAUGUGUCGCUUUAACAGUCUGCUGUCUAAACGGUCACGUCAGUCUGAUUCAUUCAAACCAAAACAUGAAAGGGUGAACUGUUGCCGCUAAGUGGAACCGACAAAUCAGAGGUAAGGAGAUGGCAUAAAGUGUUACAUAGAUGUGAUGAUGAUUUGGAAAAAUUUGAUCAUUUAGGUGAGUCUGCAUGUCAGUGGGGGAGAAUUCAGAUGACUUAACGGUGAAGGAGAAUGUAGUCUGCAUUGGAGGAAGACUCAAGUCUCAGGUUUUGGUUCGUGUAGCAAUGAAUUCAAAAUUGAGACGGACAAACUGUGGUUUGUGCCAUCAGUUGAGCAUAUACAGGAAGUCAGAAACAUUCUCCUCUAUCUUUCUAUUCCUUUUAUUUCUGAUAAAUAAAGGAAAUAAAAGGAAUUCUGAUUCUGAUCUUUCUGCCUCUGUCCACGCCUCCCCCUUUGAAAACUACCAUAUCUUACUGUGUUCAUCGCUACACCAGCUAAUGCAGCUGUUAUGAACAAUGUUUAAAGGCAUAAUAUUCAGGAUUUUAAAAAGAUAGAAAAAAACGUCUAAACCCAUACAAAUGUCAUCCCUCUCGGUCAUCACUUAUGCAGUAUUUUAUUAGUAUUUUGCAGUUUUAGGGACGUUUCAGUGCGUCAGCCUCUGGGCAAUGAUGUGUUGCUCCCAGCCAAUAACGACGUGAGGUCCGGACACGUCGCGAUCGUGGUCUCCAUCUCUUCUCUGUGGAGGUGUGAGCAUGUUCAUUUGUGCUUUAGAACGGAGCCUCAGUGAAGCAAAGGGGGAAAAAACCUUUUAUGUGUCUGAUUACUUGCUUCGUUCGGGCUAACGUUAGAGGAAGCCAAUGGUGUGUUUACCAACAGCAUCUGACAAAUCCUGCAGAUUAUGCCUUUAAGCUAAGCAGCAGCUUUAGGCUAUUAUGUUCCUUAAAACAUUAUAUAAAUAGUUACAUUUCUUUGUUGUGGGAAAAUUUACUAACCCUGCUGUUUUUUUUUUCCUCUGCUAGCAUAUUCUGUCCACAAGCUAAAGUCACUUUUAAAAUAUACACUGUUAGAGGUUUUUAUUUUUAGCAUGAAAAUGCAGUUCUGUCAAAGCUAUACAAAAUGCUGCAUGAUGAUAUACUAUUAAGUGAUGAAAAUUAUUGCAUUUUUUUUUAUUCCAUGCUUUUAAUUACUUCACAUACAAACAUUCCAUGAAUUACAAGAACGCAGGAGUACAUUAACAGAACAUUUAUUAGUCUGCAAUACAACCAAGCCACAACUUCCAGGUUACCAGCACUGAUGACGUUUUUGUUAUGAAAAAUAUUCUCACUAGAUAGAAUUACAUAGAUGUGUGUGUAUGUGAUUAAUGUGAACAAAAAUGUGUACAAAAUGUAUUUAUUUCUGCAAAAUAAAUGAUUUUCAGCUAA